AUGAGUUUUUUGACGAAACUGUUGUUGCAAAAUGCAUCAUCCCGACAAUUGUGUGCAUUGAAAAAUAUCCCAUUAUCUGUUAGGCCUGUAUUUUGCUUGUAUAGACUAUCAGGUUCGAUCGUGUCUACCACAUCAUUUGGAAAUUUGGGAUUUACAAAGCUUAACUACUACAGCACCGGCCCGGGUCACAAGAAACCCACGAAGAAAAACUACUACAGAGUGCUCGGUGUAUCUCCAAAAGCCACCCAGGCGCAGAUCAAAACCGCGUUUUACAAGCUUUCUCUCAAGCAUCAUCCAGAUAAACACAAGGGAAGCGAGGAAUCACACGACAGAUUCCAAGAGAUUAGUGAGGCCUACAAUGUGUUGAGUGAUCACGAGCAAAGAAAACUCUAUGACCGGGAGCUGGUGGUGGAUGGCCAAUUACGAGCUGAACACGCUCACGCUUAUUAUCCGCCAAGGUCGCCUAAAAAGCCUCGCGAAUCGAUUUACGACUUCGAUGAAUGGACUAAGGCACAUUAUUCAAAACAACUGAAUCAAAACCAGCAAGCAAGAACGCAAAAGGCUGAAGAUAGAGUUGAACUGAACAAGCCCAAAAUGAGAAUAGGGUCAUUUAGGAUGAUUAUUCUGGGGGCUACUGUCAUAGUUGGCGUUAUAUCCUAUUACAUUCACUUAAAGAGAUUAGAAGAGGACGCCAAGAAGUAUGAGUGA